CGAGUAGAGGAAGCUAAACGGUCGGUGGAGCGUCUGCAAUCGAAAGGUACAACCGUCAACGCUGACGAGACCGUGGCCAUGAUGAUCCACACUGACCAGGUUGAGAGGAAGAUCAGCGAGGGCACUGGGUACCUGCACUGCUUCCGGGGACGAGUUAAUCUCCGUAGGACUGAGAUUGCAUGCCUGACCUGGAUCUGCCAGACCAUCUGUGGUUCCUCCUUCAUGGGCAAUUCGACAUAUUUCUACGAGCAGGCCGGUCUUGCAGAUUCUUCCGCUUUCGACCUGACGAUCGCCCAAUUCGCCCUGGGUUUUAUUGGUACGGUGCUGUCCUGGCCGUUGAUGGCCCGGGUAGGUCGCCGCAAGAUCUACGUAUGGGGCCUCUUCCUCCUUACUGUGAUCCUCUUCGUCACCGGAUGCCUAGGCAUUCCUCCAAAGGCAGCUAGUCGCUCCUGGGGAAUCGGAUCACUGCUUCUUGUUUACACUUUCACCUAUGACGUCACAGUCGGCCCCGUCUGUUACUCCCUCGUCGCUGAGCUGCCGUCGUCGAGACUUCGCCAAAGAACGAUUGUGUUAGCGCGAAAUGCCUACAACAUCGUUGGGGUUGCAUACACUAAUAUCAUCGGCUUAUAUUCGCUGAACCCAACGACAUGGAAUUGGGGAGCUAAAUCGGCAUUCUUCUGGGCCGGUAACUGCGCUUUGUGUUUUUUUUGGGCUUAUUUCCGACUCCCAGAGCCCAAGGACCGCUCUUAUGCAGAGCUGGACAUGCUAUUCGAUCAGGGCGUCUCCGUGAGGAAGUUUCCAACGACCUAUGUCAAUCCUUAUGAAACCGAACGACGAUCCGGCCAAGAUUCUGAUUCCAAGGAGAAGGUUAUGAGUCAUGUUGAGUGA